UUAACCCUAAUCUGUCAAUCUACUCUCCUCGACUCGGUAAACCUGCGACUCCCACAAUAUGCAGAUCUUCGUGAAAACGCUUACCGGGAAGACCAUAACUCUCGAGGUCGAGAGUUCUGAUACCAUCGAUAAUGUCAAGGUAAAGAUUCAGGACAAGGAGGGAAUACCGCCUGACCAGCAGCGUCUCAUCUUCGCCGGUAAGCAGCUGGAGGAUGGUCGAACACUUGCCGACUACAACAUCCAGAAGGAGUCUACGCUCCAUCUUGUCUUAAGGCUCCGUGGUGGUGCUAAGAAGCGCAAGAAGAAGACCUACACCAAACCCAAGAAGAUCAAGCACAAGAAGAAGAAGGUCAAGCUCUCUGUUCUUCAGUUUUACAAGGUCGACGAUUCAGGAAAGGUUCAGAGGCUCAGGAAGGAGUGCCCUAACGCUGAAUGCGGAGCUGGUACAUUUAUGGCCAAUCAUUUUGAUCGUCAUUACUGUGGCAAGUGCGGUUUGACAUACGUGUAUCAGAAGCCCGGCGGUGAUUAGAUGAAAACGGGCCAAAAGAUUAGGGGAGUUUUGCACCAUCGAAGAACCAUAUGUUCUUAUAGAUGAGGCAUCAACAAUUGUCCAAUGUCGAAGACCCAUGCCCCAUAUUAUGUAAUAACUUUUAGCGAAUGAAAACUAGUGACAAAUUUUCGUGAAAUGUUAUUAUUUGGUGCUUCCUUCUAUAAUUCUGUUGAGAUGGACGGAUGCAGCAGUUAUUCUUUAGUGCUUUGUACUCGGUUGUAUUUAUUUGAUUCAUAACCUUCAAAAGUGUUCAAUACAUUAUGCCCCUACUUCAUGUCUAAUAGGUUUUUGACAAUUUCAA